CAGAGAACAGUACCGCAGUGUUCCGGGACUUAGAUUUAUCGGCGUACCCUCGCGGUCAGGGCCCGGUAAAUAUAAAGAAGCGCAUCACGCGAGGGCAGAGGGGGGCCACGGGGAUCGGGGGGGGGCAGCGGCGGGAGUAUAUAAACGGAGGUCGCUCCACAUUCCCGAUCCCACGGUCUUACUCGCGCUCCAUCGCCCCCCUCGCCCUGUCGCCCAGACUGCAACCAUGGCGUUCGACGGAACUUGGAAGGUGGAACGCAGCGAGAACUAUGACGCCUUCAUGGAACAAAUGGGCAUCAACGUCAUGAAGCGCAAACUAGCGGAGCACGACAACCUCAAGAUCGACAUCCAGCAGAGCGGAAACGACUUCCACAUCAAGGAGUCCAGCACGUUCCGCACCAAAGACAUCCACUUCACGCUCGGGACGCCCUUCGACUACAGCCUGGCCGACGGCACCGAGGUCUCGGGUACGUGGGAGAUGGAGGGGGACACGCUGAAAGGAAAAUUCACCCGCAAGGACAACGACAAGGUGCUGACCACCACCAGGAUCCUGCUGGGAGACGAACUGGUGCAGAGUUACAACUAUGAGGGUGUAGACGCCAAGAGGAUCUUCAAGAAGCAGUAAUCCUUUUUGGUUUGUUUGUUUUUUUAACUUGGUUUCUUCCGUGCACAGAGAAAGUAUACAAUUUCCAUUACAAUUGGACAACAAGGCUAUGUUGUUAAGAUUUUCUAUCUUAAAAAAAAAAUCCAUCUAAAUUGUUCAAUUUGGGCAAAAAAUUUAAAUAAAGUAUAUGUAUAUUAAAUAAACAA